UGACUCUGUUUGUCCCUUUGCUUCGCUGCUGCUACUCGGUAAAAACGGCAAAAAUAACGUCCAAAGUGGAUUUAAUAUCAAACGGAGGCAGAAUUACCGUCCCCGCCGUCAGUCCGGAUCGUGUCCGCGGAGCUUGGAGCGCGGUUGGAUGUUUUAUGUAGUGGUAAGCUAGCUAAAGUUAGCCGUGUUAGCUAACAUGACGAAAAAGUUGAAGUCGGAGCUUUAAAGUGCGCUAAAGCAGAGAGGAGAGGACAUCCGGGGACAGGUGUGGGGAUAUCUGGAGUUUUCAUAUCCAAACAUUGGACAUUGGACAUUUCACACGGGCUCCGGUGGACUCGGUGUCAUUUUUGCUGGAUUGGACUGAAGCUAACAGCCGCCGGGUGAAAACACCGUCGACGCUGAUGAAGAGGAUGAUGAUGAAGGUGAUCUCCUGAUCUGCUCUUGGUAAUCUCGUUAGCUCCGACACACCUGAGCCUGAUUACUGUCUGUCCGCAGGGGCGGGGCCUGCUCAGCUCUGACCCCGCCCCCUGACCUCACUCUGUGUGUGUGAUUAAAGUGGAUUUGUUGUCCGUCAGCAGCAGUUUGCAGAUGGAGAGCUGAGACUAGUGAGGCGUGACGGCGAGCUGGAGUCUGUCAGUGACAUCAGUAGCAGGUGACGACCUUCCCAUGGUGCCCUGCAGCCUCCAGGGUCGCCAUGGGAGACAAAUCUUACUCAGAAUGCCGAGCUCAGGAGCUGUUCGAUGAGUUUGUGUCGGCGUCGACCUGCCGGGCGGCACUUUGGUCCUUCAGUCAGCUGUGUGAACACCUGCAGCUGGACCGCGGCGCCGCUGAGAGGCCGCUGUACCGACCAAUCAAAAGGCGUCUCAACUACUGGAGGGCCAACGCUCUGUGGGCCAAACUGGACCGAAGGGCCGCCCAGCAGGAGUACCUGAGGGCCCAUGCCUGCACCAACACCACCUGUGUGGUGAUAGGGGCAGGGCCCUGCGGCCUGAGGAUGGCGGUGGAGCUGGGUUUUCUGGGAGCUCGGGUGGUGCUGCUGGAGAAGAGGGACUCGUUUUCCAGGAACAAUGUGCUGCACCUGUGGCCCUUUACCAUCUAUGACCUGCGGGGCCUCGGGGCCAAGAAGUUCUACGGGAAGUUCUGCGCCGGCGCCAUUGACCACAUCAGUAUCCGUCAGUUGCAGCUUGUCCUGCUGAAGGUGGCACUGCUGCUCGGGGUCGAGGUUCACGUCAACGUGGAGUUCAAGAGCCUGCUAGAGCCGCCGGAGGACCAGCACCGUCACAAGGUGGGCUGGAGGAUGGAGGUGAGUCCAAAGUGUCAUCCUGUCAAUCAGCUGGAGUUUGAUGUCAUCAUCGGAGCAGACGGACGCAGGAACACACUACCAGGUUUCAGGCGUAAAGAGUUCAGAGGGAAACUGGCCAUCGCCAUCACCGCUAACUUUAAAAACAGGAACACCUCGGCCGAGGCCAAAGUGGAGGAGAUCAGCGGCGUCGCCUUCAUCUUCAACCAGCACUUCUUCCAGGAGCUACGGCAGGAAACUGGGAUCGAUCUGGAGAACAUUGUUUAUUACAAAGACGACACGCAUUACUUUGUGAUGACAGCCAAGAAACAGAGUCUGCUAGAGAAGAGAGUCAUCAAACAGGACUUUGCGGACACUGAGCUGCUUCUGUCCCGGGGGAACGUGGACCAGAAUGCACUGCAGGCGUACGCCCGUGAGGCCGCCGACUUCUCCACCAAUCACCAGCUGCCGUCUCUGGACUUUGCCAUGAAUCACUACGGUCAGCCUGACGUCGCCAUGUUUGACUUCACCUGCAUGUACGCCUCGGAGAAUGCUGCCAUGGUCCGCCAACGCCACGGACACCAGCUGCUUGUCACACUGGUGGGAGACAGCCUGCUGGAGCCGUUCUGGCCGAUGGGGACAGGAAUAGCUCGAGGGUUCCUGGCGGCUCUGGAUUCAGCCUGGAUGAUCCGAGCGUGGAGUCGGGGCGGAGCUCCUCUGGACGUCCUCGCUGAGAGAGAGAGUGUGUACCGUCUCCUCCCUCAGACAACUCCAGAGAACCUUCAGAAGAACAUCAGUCUGUUCACCGUCGAUCCAACAACACGAUACCUGAACAUCAACCUGCAGCUCAUUACACCUGCUCAGGUGAGACACCUGGUGGACACAGGUGAGGAGGUGGGACUGAACCCAGGCUGUGGUGACAUCAUCAGGCAGAGCUCGUUCUCUCAGUCCAAUCAGCUGCUCUCCUGGUGCCAGGAGCAGACUCGUGGUUACCGCGGCGUCACUGUAAGCGACCUGACCACUUCCUGGAAGAGUGGCCUUGCUCUCUGUGCGCUCAUUCACCGAUACAGACCCGACCUCAUAGACUUUGACUCUCUGGACGUGUCCUCAGUGGAGGACAACACUCAUCUGGGCUUCGACGUGGCCGAGCGUCACUUUGGGAUUUCUCCUCUGAUGACGGUGGACGAGAUGGCGUCCAACCGAGAGCCCGACUCUCUGUCCAUGGUCAUGUACCUGAGCCAGUUCUACCAGCUGCUCAAAGACACGCCCCCCGUCCCCUCAGGGACUCUGGUCCAGAGCUCUGACCUGAGGACAGCUCUCAUCACUCCGGCAUCUCUCCUCAGCAGACUGGGACUCAGUCCGUCCAGGAAGAGGAACCCAAAGGAGCAGAGGGACGCUGUGGGGAAGCGGAGGAGGACGAGUGGACAGCAGGAGCCAUGUGACCUAAACGGCGAUGAUGAUGUCAUCAGCCAGGCGUGUGAUGAGGCAUUAGUGGGUGGGGCCAGCCGCUCCAGAGUGCGUCUGAUGGCCAAUCAACUGCAGGCAAAGCUGGACGAGAGCUCCGCCUCCUGCAGGAGCUCUUCUUCUUCUGCGGCUUUACGAAAACAGCAGGGGGAGCCCGCAGACUGUCAGCUGACUGCUACUUCAGUACACAGCUCCUCAUGGAGACCGGUAAAACCAGUACAGACCAGUAUAGAACCACAGAAACCAAUAGAGAACCACAGAGACCAAGAGAGACCGGAAGAGGACUCUCCAGCAGGAGCAGAUGAGUUUCAGGUUCAGAGAGAAGAUCAGGUCUCAGUCUGUCCUCAGCGGGGACGAGCAGGCGGGCGGUGGCGGUGGUGGCGGUGGCGGCGGCAGCAGUGCGGUGUGUUUCUUCUGUCAGCAGCGAGUGUAUCUGAUGGAGCGUCUGAGUGCAGAGAGUCUGUUCUUCCAUCGCAGCUGUUUCCAGUGUUCCCACUGCAGCUGCACGCUGAGACUGGCUGCCUACGCCUUCGACCAGCACCAACGGAGGUUCUACUGUCUGCAGCACUUCGACGCUCGCCUGAACGCUCUCGCCGCCACAAGGAGGUCGACGGCGUCCGACAGAGCUGCCUCGCACCGCACCUCGAUCGGGUCUCUGGGCUCGUCUCUGGGCUCAGCGACGGCGUCCUUUGCAGACUCUCUGGUGUCUGCUGGGCGGCGGCGCUCCUCAGUGUGUGUGUGUUUGUGUGUGUGUCUGUGUGUGUGUGUGGCUGCGGUUGUGUGUUGGCAGCUGUUUCUGUGAUGGUGGUGGCGCCCGAGGGGAUCGAGCGCCGCAGCUCCACCCGGGGGGAGGCGGAGCUUAUGGAGGAGCCGGUGGAGGAGCUGGAGGAGGAGCCGGAGGAGGAGCCGGAGGAGGAGCCGGAGGAGGAGCUGGAGGAGGAGCUGGAGGAGGUCUCUGAAGAGACGCUGAACUGGUUCAACCUGAGCGUGGACGAGAGAGUCCACCACAGAACCAGAUCCAGUUCAGAGGAGGAGCAGGAGGAGCAGGAGGAGCAGGGAGGCAGCUGUCGACAUCGUGUGACUUCAGAGGAGGCCAAAGCGUCAUGGAGGGAAACUCUGCAGCAGGACUUCCUCCUGGAGGACCAGGAGGACCAGGAGGACCAGGAGGACGAAAGUGAUGAUGAAGAGGAGUUUGGUGGCAGUGAGCUGGAGUCGAGUGACGAGGGGGAGUACAAUCCAUGGGAGGCGGAGCGUCAGUCUGGUCUGUGGCUCCUGUUGGAGGAAACAGGUGAGGACUUUUCUCUGUUUGUCCCGUCUGCAGCAGGAAGUGACAUCACCCCCUGUGACUCCAUCUCCUCACCUACAGCUGAGGCUCCGCUCACCGCCAGCACACCCUCCACCGCCUCCUUCAACACCGACUCCGAAGCCCCGCCCACUCUGCUCACACCUGUAGUUGUCAAGGAAACUCAGAGAGGGCUUGGCUUGUUGGAUGAUGUGGUGCUGGAGAAGCCCCUCCCCUUGCAGGGCCGAGGGGUGGGGCCAGAUGAGGAGGGCGUGGGGUCAGAGAGGAGGGGGACAGCAGGAGGAGUGCACAGCCUCCCUCCCUGCCUGCAGCUGAAGACGCUGAGAGAGGCUCCGCCCCCUGGACAGGUGGAUGGGGGCGGGGCCAGAACGCUGUGGAGGACCGUGUUCUCUGGAAACAGGAAGCAGAAGAAGAAGAAGAUGAGGGGCGGGACCUUACCUCCAGCCAAUCAGAGCACAGCUGCAGAUGUGACAGAAGAGUCGGACCUGGACUCAACGGCUCUGCUGCAGAGAUGUUCACUGACACCAGCCAACAACAGACGCUCUCGAAAGGACAGAGUCCCUUUGCAGGACUCGGAUGGACGGUCCUCCUGUGCCACUGAGGUGGUUGGGGUCCUGGUCCAAGCCAAGGAGCCGUCCAGUCUAAGUGUGAUGGAGACCAUGUUCCAGAGGGGACAAGAGGACGAAGACGAAGACCUGGAUGCCAAAAUCACUCGCCGAGUUCAGAGAGCUGCUCGAAGAAAAGCCAAACAGGAACAGCUAAAGAGGCUCCACAAAGCCCAGAUGAUCCAGAGACAGCUGCAGCAGGUGGAGGAGAGACAGAGACAGCUGGAGGAGACAGGAGUGGUGGUGGAGAAAGCUCUGAGAGGAGAAGCAGAUUUUUGGGGCGAGUCGAGCGACGGGCUGGACGUCGAGCUUCACCUGGAAGGACUGGGUAAACUGGAUAAUCCGGCUCUGAUGCAGCAGUGGUUCCAGUUGGUCCAGCAGAAGAACUCUCUGAUCCGAUAUGAGUCUGAACUCAUGAUAUUUGCUCGGGAGUUGGAGUUGGAGGACCGUCAGAGUCGGCUGCAGCAGGAGCUCAGAGAGCGGAUGGCUGUGGACGGUAACAUCGCAUCAUCAAACACAUCAUCACUUCCUCUUUAUAAAAACAUUUGGUACAAAAACCAUCAGUGGGGCGUCCGCUCAGCAUCGUCCCCGAGUCAGCAGACCGCUCAGCCUUUGUGGGUCUGUGAUCAGUCCAUCGGAGCAAAUGAUAAAACGCGUUAAAACUGAUUUCAGUUUAUGUGACAGCGGGGACAUAAAUCUGAUUGUACAGGAUCUACUUUAUCUCCUCAGAGAGCUCUGAAAGUCACACCACUUUAUGACAGUCAGUGCUGUAAACAACAAACCACAAGAAUGAUGAUGAAGUGUUUUCUUACUUCCUCCU